UUCAGGGAGUCAUGGCAUCCUGCGGGCCUGUGGCAAGGAUCAGUGUGAUCAGUUUAUGUCAGUUUAUGUAUAUCUCAGUUUUCUCUGUAUGCCUUUGGCUCAAGGUCGAGAAUAAGCAAUCAUCCGCUCAAACAAGUCCUGCCGUGCAGCCAUGAUCUUUGCACAGGAGGAUAUCCUCAACCAGAAGCCAAUCUCCUGGUUCCCCGGGAUGGCGGGCAGCGAGGAGAAGGAGCCCAAGGAGACGGUGACGGAAGAGGAUUGUGCUGGCAAAUCUGUUUGGAACCGAUUUGACAGCCAAGCGAGCACCGCCGUCCCGACCGCGGAAGCGGAGCAGGCCUAUCAGCGGUUGAUCAGCAGUGACAGCAAGAUUGAGGAGGAAGAGAAGGUGGAUGAAGCAUCCGAAGAGGUGAAGGCCCUUCUGCAGCAAGAUGAGCAUGAUGAUGAAAGCGCCAUCUUUGAACGAGGAUUUGGCUUUGGCCUUCCCCCGUUGGAUGGACGUCUAGCUGCCCUUGCAGUCGCACUGCUUGCCAUUCUUGUGGGUGUCCUGACAUCUUCAUGGACGAAAUCCCUUUGUUUCAAUACUGUCUGGGUGGGGCUUGUGGUCGUCAGCCUUGUGGUGGUCGGCCGCCCCAGCACCAACGCUGGAGCAGAGAGAGCGCAGGCGUCACCCUACACGUGCGAAGACCGCUGACGGUCGGCCAGGGAAAUUUAUGAAGUCCGUGCAUCCAUGCACCGGGCCAACGCAACACUCGCGCGUGGUCCAAAUCAUUUCUAAAGCCUGGUGUCAGUAGUUUGCAUCAUUUGAAAGAUGGCAACCGGUGGAGACUCAGAAUUCAACCAGUCUUUAUCAGAGUUUGCCGCAUCGCAGCGCUGUCAUGUACAGGAAGGCACAUGUCCUGCACGAAUGGUUUCGUGCCACAAUGGGCGCUGAGACUCGACUCUUUUGAUGUCUGACGAAGGCCAAAA